AUGAUCCCCCCGGAGCCGCCGCAGCAGCAGCUGCAGCCGUCGCCGCCAGCCCCGCCGAACCAUGUGGUGACCACUAUGGAGAACCUGCCGGCCGAGGGAGGCGGCGGCGGCGGCAGCUUGUCCGCCUCCUCCCGGGCUGGCAUGCGCCAGAGGAUCCGCAAAGUGUUGAACAGGGAGAUGUUAAUCUCCGUCGCUCUGGGCCAGGUGUUAUCCCUCCUUAUUUGUGGAAUUGGCUUGACCAGCAAGUACCUGUCAGAAGAUUUCCAUGCCAAUACACCAGUCUUCCAGAGUUUCCUCAAUUACAUCCUUCUCUUCUUGGUCUAUACCACCACGCUGGCUGUCAGACAAGGAGAAGAAAACCUCCUGGCAAUUUUACGACGAAGAUGGUGGAAGUACAUGAUCCUGGGACUCAUAGACCUGGAAGCAAAUUACUUGGUGGUCAAGGCCUAUCAGUACACGACUCUGACUAGUAUCCAGCUCCUGGAUUGUUUCGUGAUCCCAGUUGUGAUUUUGCUCUCCUGGUUCUUCCUGCUGAUCCGGUACAAGGCCGUGCACUUCAUCGGCAUUGUGGUCUGCAUCCUGGGGAUGGGCUGCAUGGUGGGAGCGGACGUACUUGUGGGAAGACAUCAGGGAGCAGGGGAAAAUAAGCUGGUAGGGGACCUUCUUGUCUUAGGAGGAGCCACACUCUACGGUAUCUCUAAUGUCUGGGAAGAAUACAUCAUCCGAACCCUGAGCCGAGUGGAAUUCCUGGGAAUGAUCGGACUCUUCGGGGCAUUUUUCAGUGGAAUUCAAUUAGCGAUCAUGGAGCACAAGGAGCUGUUAAAGGUGCCCUGGGAUUGGCAAAUAGGCCUGCUCUAUGUCGGCUUCAGUGCCUGCAUGUUUGGUCUCUACAGCUUCAUGCCAGUCGUCAUAAAGAAAACCAGUGCCACUUCAGUCAACCUCUCCCUGCUCACAGCAGAUUUGUACAGCCUGUUCUGUGGAUUGUUUCUCUUCCACUACAAGUUUUCAGGACUGUAUCUCCUGUCUUUCUUCACCAUCCUCAUCGGGCUGGUGCUCUAUUCCUCCACCUCCACAUACAUAGCCCAGGACCCCCGGGUGUACAAGCAGUUCCGCAAUCCUUCCGGACCGGUUGUGGACUUACCGGCCACAGCUCAGCUGGAGCCUUCGGUCACCUACACCAGUCUGGGCCAGGAGACCGAAGAGGAGCCCCACGUCCGCGUGGCCUAAGAGGACGCCCUGCCUGCCCACUGAGGACAGUGCAGUGGCCACGUGUUCGUCCAUCGUCUCUGUAUUGUACAUAGAGAAAGGUAUUUAUUAGGUGCGGUUUACACAGGUGGGCUGCAAGGUAGCAAAUCCCAAAGCCUGUAAAAGGCACAAGCUAAACAUCACUGGAGACACAGGUUCUGAUCCACCUGACGGAGAGAUGCCUCACUUGUGUGUAUCCUGAUCACACACACACACACCCCCACCCCCACCCCACAUUAAUUACUGAGAACAUUUUCAAACAAAAGCAAGUAUUAUUAUUAUUUGUAUUAUUAUUGAUAUUCUUAUAACACUGAGUUUCAGGAGGAUGUUUUGUACUCCUGAUGGGAACUAUUGCCAGGCCCACAGGUAGUUGACAUAAAUCCCACUUUUCUAUGGCAAGUCACUUUUUAAGAAUCAUUCUUUUCUUUUAUUUUAUUUUUUUGCACAGUCUAUAUGAGUGCUGCAUGCCACAGGAGCUCCACCCUGAGAAGUUUCCUUAUCUGAGGGACCUGGUGGCUAAUGGUUUCCUCUGUUACCUGUUGGAUUGCCUGCUCAAUAAGUAUUUCGUGCUGUGACCCUUGUGGGGAGGGGCAACUGACCAUAUAAUUCUCUAUUCUAGGAAUAGAUAUAAAACAAACGUGUUAGCUUUUUUAUAUUUUAAUCUCUGAUUACUCCAGACCAUUGCCUUUCUGUUGUGCCACCUGAUUCUGCUAAUCAAGUCCCUGUGAUAACAGGAUAAGGAAUGUUCCAUUUCUGUGGCUUAUGGGAAACCCCAGAAAUAAUAUGAUUUGUGUUUAGGAUAAUAUAUAUAUAUUUUUAAAUCUUUCUGUCCCUCCUUCUAUCCCCUCUUCAAAAAAAUAUAUUUGCUUUUCUUUUUUCCCUAGAUUUCUUUAGUGAUGAUAUGGAAACUAAGGCAUUGGAAAAAGCCAUGGUCCUCUGCCCUCUUAAUUGUGGGACACCCUUUCUGAAAUACACCAGCAUGGAAAUUACCUUUCUUGUAGAGUGUCAUUGGUGGCCUCCCAGCAAAGUGAAGGUGCCUGACAACAGCUCGAUUGAUUUGUUUUACCACUUUGCAGCGGUAAAGGUGUCGCCAAUGAGAAAGUCUGGCAUUUGGGUGUUAUCGGGCAUCCAUUCAAUAACAGAAUAUAUCAACACAACAUCCUUAUGCAUACAGAGAAUUAUUACAGGGUCCUGAUAAGGCUUUCAAUGAUAUGUCACUAGUCUAGUUUUGUUGGCUUAAAAUAGCCCCCUUUUCAAACACAAAAAAUCAAAAAACACCGCAGACCUUUAUGAAUUAGAAAUAGGUUCUACGUGUCAGUAUGUGAACUGGUCUUUAAGUUUGGCUGGCUUCAGUAACAUUCAAAAAGAUCCUCGAUGAGGUAACAGGGUUGGUAAAGGAAAAGUAAAUGCUUAUGAAACUUUGGGCAAUUCAAACCAAUACAUCUUAAGCAAGCAAAGCAAACACCAGAGGGGUCUCUGUACAGUGAGGAUCAAUUACAGCUUAGUCAGGAUUCCCAGAGAGCCUGAACAAGGCCUAAAUACGGAGGCCAUGGCAUCCCAGGCUGUCAGCCAUCAUCCGAGUGGCCCAUCUGCCUGCAUUCUUCCCAGGGCAGGUAGUCCUGCCCUCGGAGAUGGGAAAGAAAAGUAUCUUCUCUGGUAUGCAGAUCUUACGGUCAUCUGUGUUCAGUCCCCUUAAAAACAUGGUUGUUUUUUUUUUCCCCCUCUGGAAAAACAAUCAACAUUAAAGCUAUAUCAAGUCAAAACAACUUUGCCCAUGCCUGCUCUCUGCUACCUUUUAAGCCAAUUAAAUACCUUUCUCUGAAUAUUUUGUCCAUUCCAAUCUGAAGACCUUUAAAGACUGUGGUUUUAUUUUUGUGUUUACAUUCGUUUGGUUUGCAUAAUUUGCUUGAUUUAUUGCAUUUUUAGUAUUUAUUUUAAGCCAAAUGUUUUAGUCUUUUUUAUUCAUUUUUAUGACACUAAUUUGUAGAUGUUUAGUAAAAUCUGAUGAGAAAUAAGUGGAUGAAACUUUUCCCAGUAGACUCAGUGGACUGGGAAUUUUUCUUUUUCUUUUAAUUUCAAAAAGGUUUGCAAUCAAUUUAGUUUAGGAUGGCUAAAAGCUGCCAUCUGAAUUAUUUUCUAGGCUAUUUUAAUUGACUCCAUUGUAUGGAAACCAAGUGUAAAUGUUGAGAUGAAUUCACUGUAUACCCUUUAUCAUCCCACGUCCUUGAGCACAAGACUUUCACUGGGGUACCUCACUCCGUCGGCUUGUCUCCAUUUAGAAAGGCUGACCACACUGAAUUAUCUGAGAUCAGGAGUUCCAGAUCAACCCUUUGGAAAAAAAGAAAAUAGCAGCAAACACACUCUUUUUCUGUGUAAAAACAUUGAUCCUUUGGGAGUAGGGUGGGACAUGGGACAUUAACUCUAGCUACUUUUGUUUCUGGAAUCUCAUAACCUCAGUGGACACCAGCAAAAAUUUGAGCUUUUCAGUCCACCACCACUCCCUCUUCCAUGAAUGAGACUAGCAGAUUGUACGGAAUUUAUUUGGAUAAGUGAACCACAGGUUUCUUAAACCCAGAUAAGUGGUGGUUCUCACUUUCUCUCUGAAAACUUGCACUGGGGACAUAGCUUGCCUUGGUCACGUUUUCCCUCAGCUCCAAACUCGGACAUACACAACCAGGUAGACCAAGCAAUAGAAAAAUUUGCACCACUGUGUCCCAUGAAAAUGUUUCAAUGUUUAGUUUAGGUAUUGCUAACUCGUGCUAUUAACCUUUUGACAAGCGUGUAGUAUUGUUUGUUUUGGGUUUGUUUUUGAUUUAUAACCAUUUAGUAGUCCCCAGCUAGCUACCAGUACAGACUUUACCCCAUGGGUAGGAUUCUAUUGUCAGGCCACAUAACAAAGCACACUAAUCCAGACACUGCAAAUGGAAAAUAUGAACCAAAAAAGAAAUUUACACCGAUAAGUUGAACAAACUCUCCAUUUUUGAUAUUUGCAUGCUCCCCUAUGGACUGGCUGUGGCAAUGUAAUGCCUGUAUAAUGU